AUGCUAAAGGAGCGGGAGAGCUCGGAGGGGUCACCCGGUGUGCCUGAUGAGUGCGCGGGAUGCGGGGGCAGGAUACAAGACAGGUUUUACCUGCUCGCUGUUGAUCGACAAUGGCACGGCAACUGUCUGCGAUGCUGUGAGUGCCGUCUGCCACUGGACUCCGAGCUGACCUGCUUCUCAAGAGAUGGAAAUAUUUACUGCAAGGAGGACUACUAUAGAUUAUUCUGCGUGAAGCGAUGUGCUCGCUGUGGAAAUGGGAUAACAGCUAACGAGUUAGUAAUGCGAGCGAGAGAUAUGGUAUAUCAUCUAACUUGCUUCACCUGCGUGGCAUGUGGUAGCCUGCUCUCUAAAGGAGAUGUAUUUGGUAUGCGCGAUGGUCUAGUCUACUGCAGGCCACAUUACGACAGCGCUUGCCUGGAUGAGUAUUGCGAUGAAGAUAUGAACAUGUACAGGUGUCAGGAUAUGCACAGUGAAGGUGAUUCUCCAUCGCAAUAUUACUCUGGUGGGCCAAGUCAGAAAGGUCGUCCUCGAAAACGGAAAAGCGCUCAAGGAUCUCCUGACGAUUUGCAAGUUCAAAGUAUGCGUAUGACGAACACCGCGUUGGAUUUGCUACACCGCGGAGAUUUGUCUUCGUCUAUGGAAUCACUGGCGUAUGACUCCUCAGUCGCAUCCCCUGGAAGUGCAACCAGCCACUCACAAAGAACCAAACGUAUGCGCACGAGUUUCAAGCAUCACCAAUUGCGUACAAUGAAAUCGUACUUUGCUAUAAAUCAAAAUCCUGAUGCUAAAGACCUUAAGCAGUUGGCACAGAAGACAGGGCUAUCUAAACGUGUACUUCAGGUGUGGUUUCAAAACGCUCGAGCUAAGUGGCGCAGGAAUAUGAUGAGGCAGGAAACUAGUCAUGGACAGAUCGCUCCGAACGGUAACGGAGGACAUAACAAUGGUAAUUUGGUCAGUGUACCGCCCCCUAAUGUCCGUCCUAUGAUGAUAUCAGAAUCUCUUCAGUCCAUGGAAGAUCUCAGAGUUCACACUCCACAUCCGAUGGCGUUCAAUGAGAUGUACUGA